AUGAAUCAAUCAACAAUACUAAAGAAAAAGGGUUCGAAUCCAAACAAAUCUCAAAGUCCAUUGAAGAAUCUGAAUUUUGAUAUGCAAUAUCGAUCAAGUGCUGAAUUGGCCAACAAAUUCAAGAUUAAGAGAGAACAACUUGCAAAUGAAUGCAAUGAUAGAGUUAAGAAAGAGCAGGCACCAAUACCACAUAAAAGAAAGAAUUCUGAGGAUUUCAUUCCACAACAAGGAAAGAGUAAAUUGCUUGGGCACAAAUCAGUAAUGCAAUCGUCUUCAAGGGAAGAGCUUAGAACCUCACAUAUGAUUGCAGGGAAAGGACAAACUAAACAGAGGUUAUUUCAAUCUGGAGAGUCCAUUCAAGAGAAAGGAAUUAAACUUCAUAUGAAUAACUCUAGGUUCCAAACGUCAUUCAAGGAAGGUGUUACUGCUUCAGUACAUGUGACUGGAACAACACUAGGUAAUGGAGAGGUACAACAUGAUAUUGAGGAUCUACUGAACUUCAAACAGUCCAAAUUUCUAAUUCCAGUAGAAGGAAAGAAGUGGGUGAUGACUGGUCUUCGUGAUGCUUGGAGGAGACACAAACAAAAAAUUAAAGAGAAAUUUUUUGAUAAAAACAGUACCCUUGAGGAUAUGCUAGCAAAACGUCCUGAUGGCAUUCCAGAUAAUCAAUUCCGCCAGCUGAUCAAGUAUUGGAAACACCCAACUGUUCAAGUAACGCUAAAAUAG